AGUAGGAAGAAGACUUGCUGCCUCCUCUAGCUUGAUUCUGUUUUUUAGUCCCUUCUAACCUUCAGAUCAGAAAGAAUGGCAAAACCCUAAACAGGAUCAUUUCUGGAAGACUCAGUGAACACGCCACUGGAAAAAGAAAGACAUCAAUGGCGGUACCGGCAGUGAAGUUCCCGAUCUUCUAUUUGGUAAGGAUUUUAGGAAUCGCGGUGACGGCGCUGGUUCUCACGUGGACGAUACGUUACAGGGGAGGGUUGUCCCUCAUCUCCGACAAUAAAGAUCUCAUUUUCAAUGUUCAUCCUGUUCUGAUGGUUAUUAGCCUUGUCGUUUUAAAUGGCGAAGCUAUGCUGGCUUACAAGACAAUGCCUGGAACAAAGAACUUCAAGAAAUCUGUGCACCUUGUUGUGCAAUCCUUUGCUUUCUUUUUAGGUGUAAUUGGCGUUUGGGCUGCUCUAAAGUUUCACAUUGACAAGGGAAUUGACAACUUUUAUAGCCUUCAUUCUUGGUUGGGUCUAACUUGCCUCUUUUUGUUUGGUAUCCAGUGGGCACUUGGGUUUUAUACAUUCUGGUAUCCAGGCGGAUCGAGGAACAGCAGGGCUAGUCUACUUCCAUGGCAUAUCUUCUUUGGAAUUUACAUAUACGCCCUAGCUGUCACGACUUGCACUACUGGGCUUCUAGAGAAAGUUACCUUUCUUCAAACCAAUCACAUAAUUUCGCGCUAUUCCACGGAGGCAUUGCUAGUGAAUUCUCUGGGCAUGUUAACUGCUGUUUUGGGCGGGUUGGUCGCUCUUGCCGUUGCAUCUCCAGUGAACAGACAGGGCGACAUCCUCAGAGAGCAGUAAAAAGACAAGCCGACUUCAUGUGUUCCAUCAUUGAACUGAACUCUUUGAUCAAAUGGCUCCGUUUUUUGAAGCUUCAGUGACAAACUUCUCCUUUAAGAGUAGUAAGUACCCUUAAGUCAUACCAGUAUUGUAUCAACGUUCAUGGAACGAGUAAUUUACCCAUAUUUUUUAUAUAUAGAAAAAUUUGCCCUUUCUAUCAUUCAUCAGAGAAACGUUCUAGGGAAACCCCAACAUUGACGCCAAGAUGUUGUCUCAUUGACACAUAGACACUUCCCCUAUAUUAUGGUGUCAAAGUUGGGGAUCCCCUAGCUUUUUUGUUCACCAAACGAUAAUAAGGGAAUGUUUUGUAAAUCAAAACAAGGUAGGGUA